CAUAACCCACAAAAACACACUGCACAUCAAAAUCUAAUCUACAUCAUUUCUGGUGCCAGACCACAUGGAUCUGCACAAUUAUGCUGCAUAUUAUGGACCCUGAUAUCCUCAGUACAAUCAUGGAACAUCCUUGUUACAUAAUCAUGAAGCACCAAGGCUCUACGCCUGCGACGUGGACUGGACGAGCAGGUGGAGGAGCACACAUGCGCAGUAAGAUGCGCGUCAGCAGCAUCAGGACCGAAAACCAUCUCCCAGGAUGCUGCGAUGCGAGAAGAUGGUGUACGUUUUGUUUUUAAUCCGGCCACUCGUUUGAACUCAAUUUUACAACGACAUAGAUUGUUUUUUUUGGAGAGAGAGCGAGCAGGAGCGCGCACCAGGACGCAGCGGAGGCGCGACGACAACAUCAACACUAGAUGAUUCUGGUUUGCGUCGCUGCGACAGACGAACAGAAAAAAAUGAUUCCUCGCAUGUCAUUCCCGUUGUAAGAGGGGGUUUUCAUGCGUAAUGGUCGCCGCUUUCUAGUGGGAUGCACAUCAGUGUUUGUCCGUACUCGCUCUCCGUCAUAAUGGCAGCUCUAUACCAGGGCACGGACGCCUCCUCUCCGGAUAAAUUUCUGGCCUUGAAAGACGUGAGGGAGGUGAAGGAGGAGACCACGCUGGAUGAGAAGCUUUUCUUAUUGGCAUGCGAGAAAGGUGACUACUACAUGGUGAAGAAACUGCUCGAGGAGAACAGACACGGCGAGCUCAACCUCAACUGCGUGGACGUGCUGGGCCGAGACGCCGUGACCAUCACCAUCGAGAACGAGAAUUUAGACAUCCUGCAGCUGCUUCUGGAUCAUGGCUGCCAGGCGACAGAUGCCUUGUUGGUGGCCAUAGACUCUGAAGUGGUGGGAGCUGUGGACAUCCUCCUCAACCACAGGCCCAGGCGGUCGUCCAAACCCUCCAUCGCUAAACUGAUGCAGCGGAUUCAGAACCCAGAGUAUUCCACCACCAUGGACGUGGCUCCAGUCAUCCUGGCUGCCCACAGGAACAAUUACGAGAUCCUGACCAUGCUGCUGAAACAAGACAUCUCGCUCCCGCGGCCUCAUGCUGUAGGCUGCGAGUGCACACUCUGCAAUGCCAAAAACAAGAAGGACAGCUUACGGCACUCCAGGUUCCGCUUGGACAUCUAUCGGUGCCUUGCCAGCCCCUCGCUGAUCAUGUUGACCGAGGAAGAUCCCAUACUCAGAGCCUUUGAGCUGAGUGCAGACCUCAGGGAGCUCAGUCUGGUUGAGGUGGAGUUCAGGAAUGAUUAUGAGGAGCUGGCAAAGCAGUGCAAGAUGUUUGCCAAGGACCUGCUGGCACAGGCUCGAAACUCUCGAGAGCUCGAAGUUAUUCUGAAUCACACGUCCAACGAAGAUCACGUCGACAAGAGAGGCUUGCUGGAGGAGCGCAUGAACCUCAGCCGACUCAAGCUGGCCAUCAAGUACAACCAAAAAGAGUUUGUGGCUCAGUCCAACUGUCAGCAGUUCCUCAACACGGUCUGGUUCGGAGAGACGGCCAGCUACCGGCGCAAGCACACCUGUCUGAAGAUCGCCACAGUGCUGAGCGUGGCGAUGCUUUGGCCGCUGCUUUCCGUCUGCUACCUUCUGGUGCCACGUUCACGUGUGGGCCAGAUCAUCCACACGCCCUUUGUCAAGUUCAUCAUCCACAGCGCCUCCUACAUGACAUUCCUGCUGCUGCUCAACCUCUACUCUCUGGUGUAUAACGAAGACAUGAAGAACACCAUGGGUCCUGCGCUGGAGAUGAUCGAUUGCAUGCUCAUCCUUUGGAUCAUAGGGAUGGUGUGGUCGGACGUGAAGCGUCUGUGGUACGAAGGGUUGGAAGACUUUCUGGAAGAGUCGAGGAACCAGUUGAGCUUUGUGAUGAAUUCCCUUUAUCUUGCCACCUUUGCUCUCAAGAUCGUUGCUCAUAGCAAGUUCAAGGAUAAGAAGGAAACGGAGAGGAAGAACUGGGAUGCCAUCCAUCCCCUGCUGGUGGCUGAGGGCCUGUUUGCUUUUGCUAACGUUCUCAGCUACCUGCGACUUUUCUUCAUGUACACCACCAGCUCCAUACUGGGGCCGCUGCAGAUCUCCAUGGGUCAGAUGCUGCAGGAGUUUGGAAAGUUUUUGGGCCUCUUCCUGCUGGUGUUAUUCUCCUUCACCAUUGGACUCACUCAGCUUUACGGAAAGGACCAGAAAAACAAGGACAAGAAUUCACCCAAUGACUGCGAGGGCAUCUUCUGCCAGCAACAGAGCAACGACGCAUUCCACACGUUUAUGGGCACCUGCUAUGCUUUGUUCUGGUACAUUUUCUCCCUGGCGCACGUCGCGCUCUUCGUCACCCGCAUCAGCUUAACAGAGGAGCUGCGCUCUUUCGUUGGUGCCAUGAUCAUCGGCACCUACAACAUCGUGGUCGUGAUCGUGCUCACCAAGCUCCUGGUGGCGAUGCUCCACAAAAGCUUCAGACAAAUUGCUAAUCACGAGGACAAGGAGUGGAAGUUUGCCAGGGCCAAACUGUGGCUCAGCUACUUCGACGACAAGUGCACCCUGCCACCACCGUUCAAUAUCCUCCCCUCCCCAAAGACGGUGUGCUACUUGGUGACCAGCAUGAGCAAGUGGAUCUGUUCGCAUACCUCAAAAGGCAAGGUGAAGAGACAGAACAGCCUGAAGGAAUGGAGAAACCUGAAGCAGAAGCGUGAUGAAAACUACCAGAAGAUCAUGUGCUGUCUGGUCCACCGCUACUUGACCUCCACGCGGCAGAAGAUGCAGAGCACCGACCAGGCCACGGUGGAGAAUUUGAACGACCUGCGCCAGGACCUCUCAAAGUUCCGCAACGAGAUGCGAGACCUGCUAGGUUUCCGGACGUCCAAAUACGCCAUGUUCUACCCGAGGAGCUAAAACAAAGACAAGAUAUCUCUCCUUCUCUCUCUCUCUCUCCCUCCUCUUUACAGAAUAUCUGCUUCUUUUUUGUCUGGGUUGCUGUGUGACCUGAGCAUGUGCAAAAAAAAAAAAACAACUGACCCUCUGCCCUUUAAGACACAGAGGCGACAUUUAAACUUGGAAUUUAACUCCGAAAAUAUGUAUUCCCCACCAAAGCCUUCAGAAUAAGCUCCCCUUGUCUUAUCUAUUCAGCCUUUUUUGUAAAUAAAGACAGCCAUUGUUUUCAACAGAAAUUCAAAUAAAGAUAUAUUGGAAGUUUU